AUGCAUAAAAUACUGAGAAGAGGAAAGUGGAUUUUUGUAAACUUGGGGUUGUUCACACGAGAGAGAAGAACGUUUUAUGCUUCUAAAUGGAUCAGAAGAUUACAAGUGUUAAACGAAAAAUAUAAUUAUAAAAUAUAUAAAGAAGAUGAAGUAGAAUAUGAAGAAAAAAAAGAAGAUGACAAGAUAGAAAAGGUGUAUCCUAUAUGGAAUAGUAGGAGGACAGGGUUAUUAGGAUAUAAAAUUGGGUGUAUGAGUAUAUGGGAUGUGUGGGGUGUAAAACAUGCUGUAACAGUAGUUAAGAUAAAUAAUUGUUAUGUUUUAAAUCAAAAGAAUAUAACAAAGAAUGGAUAUGAAGCUUUAGAAAUAGGUAUAGGUAAUAUGAAUGUGAUAAAACAGAGUAAAAAUAAUAUUGGGAAUUAUAUAAAAAGAAAGUUAGGAUUUAUACAUAAAAUAAAAGAAUUUAAGUGUACUAGUGAUUGUUUUUUACCUGUUCAACAUAAAUUUUCACCUAGACAUUUUUCCCCUGGUCAAAAUUUAUUUAUCAGUUCAAGCAUAAAAAAUAAAGGAUUUUGUGGUGCUAUGAAAAAAUGGAAUUUUAGUGGAAAAAAUGCUUCCCAUGGAACGGAAAGUAAAGCUCACAGAAGUCUAGGUAGUGUCUCUAUGGGAAAAACAAUAAACAUUGUUUUCAGAAAUAAAAAAAUGAAUACACAUAUUGGUGAAAAAAAUCUCGUUAAAUGUAGUAAUAACAAAUUGUUUAGAAUUAACAGCUUGCAAAAUUUGUUAUUUAUUAAGGGACCUAUUGGUGGAUAUAAAAAUAAAGUUAUUAAAAUAUCUGAUGCAAAGGGAAGGGCGUUCAAUAAAUUUAAGGACAAAAUUUAUUUAUACUAUCCAACAUUUAUAUAUAAGAAAAAUAAAAAAUACAAAAAUGUCAUAGAUAUGCCGCAUAGUUUACAAGAUCCUUUUCUUUACAAUGAAAUUCCACUCUACGAACCAACCAAUAAGUGA